CGGGGCUUUGUGCGCCUGCGCGCGCGUGUCCGGGCUUCUUGCCGGCGUGCGGGCGCGCGCAUGGAGGGGGCGGGGCGGCGGCGACGGGGGCCCGAGGCCUCGGAGCAGCUGGGAGCCGCCGGGGACGCGAAACGAGUAUGCAGACAUUUGGAAAGCGCGGCCGCCGAGGACCGUCCCGUGGAGUUGUGGGGCCCGGAGCGCCAGUCGCCGCUCCCCGGCUUCGGCCGGGAAGCCGCUCCAGGAAAUCCGCCCGGGAAGCCAAACGCGAUGACGUUUCCAAGCCAGGGAAGGCGGCCUGGCCACCCUUGCCUACGCUGUCUCGCCGGAGAAUCCGGUCAUUUUAACCACACGUCCAACUAGGAGACGCGAGAGGGACCAGGAUGGACGCUCGGACCGCGAUCCGCCCACGACGGAAUACCCGGAGAGAGUCCCGAGGGGCCGGUACGGUCCUCCUCGGCGCGGCCGGAUGGGACUUUCCGCAGAUCCGUUCCGUCGCAGACCCACCCUCCGCCUUCGCUUUUAAGACCCUCCCCCCCGAGAGAAACCAUUUUCAGGGGCUGGUAUUUCCAGUCGUCGUUCGUAGCAGCAGGUGACGACUUGGUGAAUCAGGCGUCUUUUUAAUAAGAAUUUCGAGCAGCAUUACAACUUCCUGGAAGAUAGUACUGAACUCGUCUGAAAGGCAUUAUAAAUUUCGGCCUCAAGACCGAGAGAAGACAUAUUUUUAUACUCUCAGAUAGUUUUCUAGGAAAUACUGGCGUGUGCACACCACGUGUAUAUUUUUAAUAAAAAUCACCGAUGACA